AUGACCGAUAAAUCUGAACCGGACCAGGCGAAGGGCAAGGAGGCAAUGGUUGGUAUGAAGGCGGAUGUGAAGACUCUCCAAUUGCUCAGCUCUUCGGCCAAGGCUGCAACAGAUAAGCGAGAAAAGAUUAAGGAUGAAAAAGCAAAGCUCGCUCUUGAGGAAGCUAUUCAUAUAGCACUCGGAGAGCAGAACCAGACGGUACCAUGGCAUAAUUUGGUGAAACGCACCAUGAUCGGGACAUUUCUCAAUUAG